UCACUCUCUCCGAGCGGCACAAAAACCCUCCGAAACUCCUCUCUUCCCUUCCCUCUCCCUGUCCCUCUCCCUCCUACAAGUUUUGGUCGUUGGAAAGAAGGAUAAGAAAUGAGUAGUUGGAGGAAUCUUCUGCUCAGGAUCGGCGACAAAUGCCCUGAGUAUGGUGGAAACUCCGACUUCAAAGAACACAUCGAAACAUGCAAUGGCAUACUUUUGAGAGAGCUAGAGCACUCUGGAGAUGAUAUUUUAGAGUUCCUUCUUCAGUGUGCUGAACAACUGCCGCACAAGAUCCCUCUUUAUGGAGCAGUGGUUGGUUUGUUGAAUUUGGAAAGUGAGGACUUUGCCAGGAAAGUAGUAGACGCUACGCAAACUAGUUUACAGGAAGCUUUAGAUUUGGGGGAUUGCAAUGGAAUUCGUAUUUCGAUGCGGUUUUUGACUGUGCUGAUGUGCAGCAAAGUGCUCCAACCAGGUUCUGUGGUGGAAGUCUUUGAGACACUUUUGUCAUCAGCUGCCACAACAGUAGAUGAGGAGGCUGGAAAUCCUUCUUGGCAACCACGUGCUGACUUUUACAUAACCUGCAUUUUAUCCUGCCUUCCAUGGGGUGGUGCUGAUUUGUUUGAGCAAGUUCCUGAAGAGCUUGACAGAGUUCUGGUCGGUGUAGAGGCAUAUUUAAGCAUUAGACGGCGUGCUUAUGAUGUUGGCUUAACAGUUUUUGAGAGUGAUGAAGAAAGUGAUAAAGUUCAUGCCGAAAAGGACUUCUUGGAAGAUCUAUGGGAUCGUAUACAAGUACUAUCCAACAAUGAAUGGAAAGUUGAUAGUGUUCCGAAACCCCAUCUUUCAUUUGAGGCUCAAUUGGUGGCUGGAAAGUCGCAUGCUUUUGGCCCUAUUUGCUGCCCUGAGCAACCUGACCCUCCGUCAAUUUCCGGCAUCGCUAGUGGUAAACAGAAGCAUGAAGCUGAGCUGAAGUAUCCUCAAAGGCUUCGUAGGCUUAAUAUAUUUCCUGCAAGUAAAGCCGAGAACAUGCAGCCUAUAGAUCGUUUCGUUGUGGAAGAGUAUUUGCUGGAUGUGCUUUUUUUCUUCAAUGGCUGCCGUAAGGAAUGUGCUUUAUACAUGGUUGGUCUGCCUGUGCCCUUCCGCUAUGAGUAUUUGAUGGCAGAGACAAUAUUUUCUCAGCUACUUUUACUACCUCAACCACCAUUCAGACCUAUAUACUACACAUUGGUUAUUAUUGACCUUUGCAAGGCUCUUCCGGGUGCCUUUCCUGCAGUUGUAGCUGGGGCUGUCCGUGCUCUCUUUGAGAAAAUUGCUGAUUUGGAUAUGGAGUGCCGCACAAGGCUCAUCCUCUGGUUUUCACAUCAUUUAGCAAAUUUUCAAUUCAUUUGGCCAUGGGAGGAGUGGGCUCAUGUAUUAGACCUCCCAAGAUGGGCCCCGCAGCGGGUGUUUGUUCAGGAAGUACUAGAGAGAGAAGUUCGUUUAUCAUAUUGGGACAAAGUCAAGCAGAGCAUAGAGAAUGCCCCUGCAUUAGAAGAGUUGCUUCCACCCAAGGGUGGACCUACUUUCAAAUACAGUGCAGAAGACGGUGGAGAAAGCACAGAACUCACACUUUCCACAGAACUCAACAGCAUGGUGAAGGGAAGGAAAACAGCCCGUGAAAUUAUUUCUUGGGUUGAAGAGAACGUUAUUCCACUUCAUGGCUCAAUAGUUGCACUGGAAGUGGUCAUCCAGACGCUUCUUGACAUUGGCUCAAAAAGUUUCACUCAUCUAAUUACUGUGUUGGAGAGAUAUGGCCAAGUCAUUGCCAAACUAUGUCCGGACCAGGAUAAGCAAGUGCAGCUAAUACAUGAAGUCAGUUUGUUUUGGAAGAACAGUGCUCAGAUGACGGCUAUAGCUCUUGACCGUAUGAUGGGUUACCGCCUAGUAUCUAAUUUGGCAAUCGUUAACUGGGUUUUCUCUCCAACUAACAUUGAGCAAUUCCAUGUGUCAGAUUGCCCAUGGGAGAUCCUUACAAAUACAGUGAAUAAGACAUACAAUCGCAUCUCAGAUCUAAGAAAGGAGAUUUUGUCUCUUGAGAAAGCUGUUUUAUCAACUGAGGAUUCUGCAGCCAAGGCUAAAGCAGAGUUAGAGGCUGCUGAAUCGAAGCUUGAAAUUGUGGAUGGGGAACCUGUGCACUCUGAGAAUCCGGGGAGGUUGAAGCGCUUAAAAGCGCAUGCUGACAGAGUGAAAGAGGAGGAGAUAAAUGCACGGGAUUCUUUAGAGGCCAAAGAGGCUCUCCUUGCUCGGGCUCGUGACGAUAGUGAGGCAUUGUUCAUCUCUUUGUACAAGAACUUUGCACAUGUGCUCAUGGAACGCCUGGUCCAUGCGUCUGCUGAUGUAGAAGUCGACGUUCCACAACCUGGUUCUACAGAUGCAAUGGCUGUUGAGUCUGAUGAACUGUUACCAACAAUGGAUGUGGACAAAGAGAAUGGAAAUCCUGAGAGAAGCGAGUCGAAUGGCACAAGCAAUGUCUACAAAAUAGGAGAACAAGCGCAAUGGUGCCGAACGACUUUGGGCUAUGUCAAGGCCUUUUCAAGGGAAUAUGCUGCUGAGAUCUGGACUCAUAUUGAGAAGCUGGAUGCGGAGGUGUUUGUUGAAGAGAUGCAUCCGCUCUUCAGGAAAGCUGUUUUUGCCGGUUUGGGUCGGCAAAUUUGAGGACUUCUUAUUUUUAUUUUUGGGUGUCUUCUAUUGUACACUAAUUUAGGAGCUCUUAGUUGUCACAGGGAUCCAAACAAUGCAAAAAAGAAGAGAUGGAUUUACUUUUUAUACUAAAUUAAUAGAGGCCCACCUAAUUCCAACCAA